UCACCCAUUUAUUGGUUCCUUUGUGUUCCUUUAUGUUUGGUUUUACUUGUACCCCAGUGUGAUGGAGGGUGUGAGACCAGAUUCACCUGAACCCAGCUGUGUUUCCAUGAAGAGCGACUGGUCAAUACAUAAUCCACCAAACUUUAAAGAUGGAGGUGAUUCUACUGAUCUGAGACCACAAAAGAAAUUAAAUGUUACUAACAGAGAUCAGCUGGAAUCCAUAUUUAAGGAACUGGAGCUCAAAGUCAUUAACAUGUUAAAGAAUGAGCUAAACAAGUUCAAAAAGCUCCUGAAUGAAGAUUACCCAGCAUGCUCUGAGCAGGAGGUGAAGGAUGUAGAAGAUCUGAGUAGUUUCAGAGAGGGGACGCUAAAGAUCACACUAAAUGUUCUGAAGAUCAUGAACCAGGCAGACCUUGCUAACACCCUGCAGAGGAAACUACUAGGCCCUGUAUAUCAGAAAAAACUAAAAUCAAACCUGAGAGAGAAAUGUAAAAGAAUCAGUGAAGGAAUCUCCCAGCAUGGAAGCUCAGCACUUCUGAAUGAGAUCUUCACAGAGCUCUACAUCACAGAGGGUUGGAGUGGAGACGUCAAUAAUGAACAUGAGGUCAGACAGAUUGAAACGGCAUCCAGGAGACCAGCAACACAGGAGAUUCCCAUCAAAUGCAACGACCUCUUUAAAGACUCAUCCAUCAGAACUGUGCUGACUAAAGGAAUCGCUGGAAUUGGAAAAACAGUCUCAGUGCAGAAGUUCAUUCUGGACUGGGCUGAAGGAAAAGCAAAUCAGGACGUCAUUUUCAUAUUUCCACUUCCUUUUAGAGAGCUGAACUUGAUGAAGCAGAAAAAUCUCAGUCUGAUGGAACUUCUUCAUCAGUUUUUUCCAGAAAUUAAAGGUCUGCCAUCAUUAGACUGUGAUGCUUAUAAAGUUUUGUUCAUCUUUGACGGUCUGGAUCUUCCUCUAGAUUUUCAAAAUAAUGAGCGAUUGUGUAACAUAACAAAGUCAGUAAAAAUGGAUGUGCUGCUGACAAACCUCAUCAAGGGGAACCUGCUUCCCUCUGCUCACCUCUGGAUCACCUCUCGACCAGGAGCAGCCAAUCAGAUUCCUCCAGAGCAUGUAGACCAGGUAACAGAGGUACGAGGGUUCAGUGACCCUCAGAAAGAGAAGUACUUCAGGAAGAGGAUCAGUAAUAAGAACCUGGCUAGUAAAAUCAUCAAACACAUAAAGUCAUCAAGAAGCCUCUGCAUCAUGUGUCACAUUCCAGUUUUCUGCUGGAUCUCAGCCUCUGUUCUAGAGAGAAUUCUGGAUGGAGCCGAGGGGAAAGAGAUCCCCAAAACUCUGACUCAAAUGUUCACUUACUUUCUGAUCUUUCAGAUAAAACACAAGGAACAAAAGUACCAUGGGAAAUCUGACCCUGAUCCACACCAGACCAGAGAGACAAUACUGGCACUGGGAAAACUGGCCUUCCAACAGCUGAAAAAAGGAAACCUGAUCUUCUAUGAAGAAGAUCUGACAGAGUGUGACAUCGAUGUCAAAAACACAUUAGUGUACUCAGGAGUCUGUACCCAAAUCUUCAAAAAAGAGGCUGGGCUGCACCUGGGUCAGGUCUUCAGCUUUGUGCACCUGAGUGUUCAGGAGUUUCUGGCUGCUUUAUAUGAAUUUCUUACCUUUAUCAACAAAAACAGAAAUGUGCUGGUGAAGCAAAACACUGGAUUUUAUAUAAACCCUAUGUCUGACUUUCUGAAGAGUGCAGUGGACAAGGCCUUACAGAGUAAGAAUGGACACCUGGAUCUUUUUUUCCGCUUCCUCCUAGGUCUCUCACUGGAAUCCAAUCAGACUCUCUUACGAGGCCUACUGCCACAAACAGGAAGUAGCUCUUACAACAAAGAGGAAAUAGUCAGGUACAUCAAGGAGAAGAUCAGUGAGAAUCCCUCUCCAGAGAAAUCCAUCAAUCUGUUCCACUGUCUGAAUGAACUGAACGAUGAUUCUCUAGUGCAGGAAGUCCAAAAAUACCUGAACAGAAGAGGAUCAAUUUAUCACAAUGAGCUCUCUCCUGCUCAGUGGUCGGCUGUGGUGUUUGUGUUGCUGAACUCAGAUCAGGAGCUGGAUGUGUUUGAUUUGAGUCAAUAUUAUCCAUCACAUGAAGGUCUUCUGAAGAUGCUGCCAGUGGUGAAAGAAUCAAGAAAAGCUAAGUUGGCUGGUUGUAAUCUAACAGAGAAAAGUUGUGAAGUUCUGUCCUCAGUUCUCAGUUUAAACUCCUCCAGUCUGAAGCAUCUGAACCUGAGUUACAAUAAACUGAAGGAUUCAGGAGUGAAGCUGCUCUCUGCUGGACUGAAUAAUCCACACUGUAAACUGGAGAUACUGGAGUUGUGGGGUUGUGAGUUAACAGAGAAAAGUUGUGAAGUUCUGUUCUCAGUUCUCAGUUUAAACUCCUCUAGUCUGAAACAUCUGAACCUGAGUAACAAUAAACUGAAGGAUUCAGGAGUGAAGCUGCUCUCUGCUGGACUGGAGAAUCCACACUGUAAACUGGAGAUACUGGUGUUGGUUGAUUGUGAUCUAACAGAGAAAAGUUGUAAAGUUCUGUCCUCAGUUCUCAGUUUAAACUCCUCCAGUCUGAAACAUCUGAACCUGAGUAACAAUAACCUGAAGGAUUCAGGAGUGAAGCUGCUCUCUGCUGGACUGGAGAAUCCACACUGUAAACUGGAGAUACUGGAGUUGAAGAGCUGCAGUAAUACAGAUGAAGGUUUUACUGCUCUGGCUUCAGCUCUGAAAUCAAAUUCAUCAUCACGUCUGAGAGAACUGCAUCUGAACAACAAUCAUCCAGGAGAAUCAGGAGUAAAACUGCUCAAGGAUCUACAAGGGGAUCCACAAUGUAACCUGAAGGAACUAAGCAUCUGAUUCUAACAUACAUUGGAUUAUAAUAUGACGAAGAUAAGGAACAGUGGAGAUAAACACCAUCUACUCUUCACACUGGGAUUCUACAUGGUGACACUUUGUUCAGCUGCUUACUGCUCAAAUCUGUAAACAUGCUUUUUGUACAGGAAGGUGUGCUCUUCCCAUGGCAUCACUUCUUGUACGAGAUCACAUUCUCAAACCCACUCUGAAGUGCUGAUGGACCUUCAUCUCCUCCUUCUAUACAUAAGUACUGAAGCAAUGACAUUGGAGAGUCCAUCAGGUGCCUGGUACCAUCUGUAAUAAUCUGGUAGACUGAACACUGAGCACCUGGUACAGGUGAGUUAGGAGCUGUGAAAUGAAGUGAGGGUCUAUGAGGACUGCUUUAGAAAACCCUGCAUUAGCAUGCUGUUCAUUUUAAUUGACCUGUAAAGAAGACGUUUAAAGAAGUUUAAAAUUACUGGAGAUGUUGAGAUUCUGUCUGGAGGAGAACGUGAGGAGGAUUACUCAAGUGGCCAGAGAAUCCAAGUAUCUCCGCUGGGAAAUUACAGACCUUAAUGAGGUCUGAAAGUCAGGAUAUCUUCCUACAUAACCAGAAGAUUUUUAGAGAGCUGAAUAAAGAAUGUCUAUUCUGUAUGAUUCUCAUCCUGAAACCUUUUAUGGGACUGUGUUGUAUGGUCAGAAGAAACCAAGAUAGACAUCAAACAGUAGAAGUGCCUAAGGUGGGGGAUACAUAAUCCCCUUUUUAUAUGCAAAAUUAUGAAUUACCUUUAUUUACUGUACAUUCUAACCAACUAACUAAUAAAACUAUUAAACUACAAUAGAUUAAAAUGAUAAGAAACAAAGUGAUGAUUCUUAUUAAUGUUAAAUAUAGAAGAUAAUGAAGUAAAUAUUUGAUAAAAGAGACAGUAAGUGUAGCAGUUUUGUUAAUGACUAAUAUUAAUAACACUAAUACGUUGUAAUUGAUAUUUUGAAUAAACAUUGUGCUUAUGUUAUA